AUCCAGAACCCUGUUUAUGUGUAUCGCAGUCUGAGUUUAAUCAGGCUAGAUAUUUACUUUAAUUAUCUAUCUACCCACUAGCUGGAAAAACAGUUUUUGAUAAUAUAUAACCGGUCGAUCAUCCACCAAAGACAACUGAAGAUGGUUUUACAAUGUCUUUAAUUGGUUGCACUAAAUUGAUUGAUCUAAAGGUUGAACUCUCGCUAGGAAACAUGGUGGUCCUGAGUUCGAUCCCCGCCGGGGUUGUAAAUAUGCACUAUUGAAAGUCCCAUACUAGGACGAAAAAGAUAUCCAGGGAUCGCUGGUCUUCAAUAGUCAUCUAUAUUAAGUCGGUUCGUGAUCUCAAUGAGAGUGAAUAAUUACAGCAAACCCCCAUACUCACAUUUAAUUAUCAUUGGCGCAAAUAGUUGCUUUCCCUGACUAAUAAUUUGUGUCUUCUGUUUUUAUUUUCUCUGUGAGGUUAAAAAUUCGUUGUGGCUAUUUAUUUUCUCCAACAAUAAAGCGAAAGAUCAUGCUACCUGUGGACCCAUAAGUAUGAUGAAGCUUCUUGAAUUAUCUACAUAUGGUAUGCUUUAAUUACAAAUACAGGUUUAAGUGAUGCGAAAUCCUAAAUUCAGUAAUCAGAAAUACCAAGACUUUUAACAGAACAACUUACUUUAAUCAAAUAACAAGAAGCAUAGAGUUAUACCCUUGGAAGUUUUUAUCAUAUUGAUAACUCAUUAUAAUAUGUUGGCUGGCUACUUCGAUACAAGUGAUAGUUAUGCCUAAUAAAUUUAUGAUUACUGAAAUUCUUCAAGAUUGUAUUGAAAAAUCAUCAAUUACAUUAAAUAACUCUUCAAUUGAUACUACUCCUUUACUUACAUAUUUCAUCAGUUCUACAUCAAGUCAUCAUCCACAAUGUACAAUUUCUACAAUUAAUAGUCUCACAUCAAAUAACUCAAAUUCAUCCAACAAUAUUCAACAUACUAUUUCAUUCAUAGAUCAUAAUCAUAUUGGGAACCAUAAAAACUAUGGAAUACAAAUAGGAUUAUGUUCUGAUUCAUUAAACCUAUUAAAUUCAAAGGUUUACACAGAGUAUUUACCAAAUAUAUUUAAAUCCGAAAUGAAUAAUCAUUUACUCAGUCAACCAACACAAAACGAAACUGAGAAUCAAAUUAGAUUAAGUAGCAAUAAUAGCUGUUUAACAGACUAUCAUCAUCCUCAUUCUAUGAAUGAUAAACAAUUUAGAGAAGAAUUUUUAAAACUUUUCAAUCUAAUAAUUUUUAAACAAACUGAUGAAAGUAACUUUCCACAAGACAAACGAACUGAAGACAAUCAAUGUGAAGAUGAUAAGGAUAAGAAUUUGUUAUCAGUAAAUGAUACUAAGAAAAAUUCUUUAUAUAAUUUUCCAAAAGUUCUAGAUCUGUCGUCUCCAAAAAUGAACCAAACUAAUCGAUCUAAAUAUCAACGUAACUUAUGGCCUUUAAUAUUCAAAGAACUGGGAUUCAAUUGUAAGCCAAUGAUUGCGAUUGAGGAUUAUCAUGAACGUAGCAGUAGUGAUAGUAAUAGCAAUAAUCAAUUUUCGAAAUCAAAUAAUCUACUCAAUUGUGAAUCUUCUGUCAGUUAUGCAAGUAUGCUUGAUAUGGUUAAAUCAGAUGAUGAUGAUGAUCUAUCACAGAAAUGGUGUUUCAAAUCUGAUACAAAUACAAAAACAAGUAGUUACAACGAAAAACGGUUGAUAAGAAGAAAAUUUCGUAAAAGUUUUCUACCUAAAACUAAUCAAACAUCUGAAUUUGAACGUAAACAUAGACAAGCUUAUUCAACAGAUCAACUUGAACGUUUAGAAACUGAAUUUGAAAAAGACAAAUAUUUAAAACUUAACAGACGAAUUGAAUUAUCAAAUGAAUUAAAUCUUACUGAAACACAAAUUAAAACAUGGUUUCAAAAUCGUAGAACUAAAUGGAAAAAGAAAUUAUACUGGUUGAAUUCUGCAAGUCAAUUUUCAGUAAAUUCUGUUAAACAUGGAAACAGUUCAUGGUCAGUAGCUAAUAAACCCACUACCAACAAUGAACAGGAGUCUAUAAUGAAUAACUAUUAUACAAGUUUUAUAUCUACUCAGUUUCAUUGAUGAUAAAC